AGAGAAGUUGGUUGGCCAUUCAGGGCGUACACGUACACGUGCACAUAUAAAUUACCUUAAAAUUCUAAUUUCGUCUUCAUAUCGAGCUUUUGAAACAUCAUUUCACUCUAUUAAGUUGUCUAUUAACGUUCAGCUGAUCUUUGAGCAGAAGCAGUCAUGCCGCUUUCAUGUCGAUUCUACGAGCAGCUCUACCCGGCCGUAGAGGAUGUUGUGAUGGUGAAGGUGCGUUCUAUCGCAGAGAUGGGGGCGUAUGUCCACCUCCUAGAGUACAACAAGAUUGAAGGGAUGAUCUUGCUUAGUGAACUGUCGAGAAGGCGUAUCCGCUCAAUCAACAAACUCAUCAGAGUGGAUAGGGACGAGUGUGUCGUGGUCAUCAGGGUGGAUGAAGAAAAAGGUUACAUUGAUUUAUCGAAGAGGAGAGUAUCGCCAGAAGAAAUUAAAAAGUGCGAGCAGAAAUAUGCAGCAGCCAAAGCAGUUAAUAGUAUCCUGAGGCAUGUAGGUGAGAUCCUUGGCUACACAAGCAACUCACAACUAGAGGAACUCUAUUCCAAGACAGCAUGGUACUUCGAUCAGAAGUAUAAAUCCGUUGGUGACGGAGCAUAUAGAGCCUUCAAGCUGUGUGUAAAAGAACCAGAAAUCUUGAAUGAGUGUAAUCUAGAUGAGAGGACACAUAAAGUUCUACAGGAGAACAUUGAAAGGAAACUCACACCCCAAGCAGUCAAAAUUAGAUCAGAUAUUGAAGUGGCAUGUUACGGCUAUGAUGGUAUCGACGCAGUUAAGGAUGCCCUUACGAAAGGCCUUGAUCUGUCUUCGGAAGAGAUGCCUAUAAAGAUUAACCUGAUAGCUCCACCCCAGUAUGUGGUCACUACUCAGACGUUACAAAGAGAAGACGGUGUGAAUAAACUGAAAGAAGCAAUCGAUGCAAUACAGGAAAGCAUCAUCAAGAGUGGAGGAGUCUUCAAGGUUAUGAUGGCGCCUAAGGUAGUCACAGACACAGAGGAACAAGAGCUUGCCAGACACCUGGAGAAUCUGGAGAAAGCAAACGCAGAGGUCGACGGAGACGACGACGGAGAGGAAAUCGGGAACGAGGAAGACUAACUAGCAAGUGAACGUAGUUAGCCGGUUAAAUUCAAUCCUCAUUUAUUUAUAAUAUAUGCGAGAGUAAGAGCUGGAAAGAUACCUCAAUGAUAGUCGUGGUUUCACUGUUUGUGGGAUAACACAGCACCUUUCCCGGUCCCCAAUUGCUAGGUCUAUGCAGAGAUUUGUGUGUUUCAUAAUACAUGCGCCACCCAGUUCAUUGUCACGAACGUCCUUCUUUUCCGUGUUGGUCAAAAACUAUUUUCUUGAUAGCAUUCCCCGCGAGUGAGAAUUGAAAAUUCAAGAAAUAUUUAACUGAACGAUGAAUCUUCAAGUGCGUGAAAUAAUCCAUAUCAAUCAAGAACUACAAGUGCAGUGUUUAUAAAGUGAGGUUCGUAAUAACCUUGAAAGCGAAAGAUGGUGGUUGAUGCAUGGUGUUGUCACGCGAUCUUUUGGGGUUAACGCGAAGGAGGGAUGUCGCAAAGGCGCAGCUUGUGCGCAUGUGGUAUGAAAUGCACAGAUGGAAGAAUUGGAAAGGCGAAGAUGCUGACCUGCAUUCCAUCUCAUGCCUUACUUAACUCGCAAUUUUGUUGAGGUACUUAACCCACUGACUUCUUGAUUCUAAUACUGUCAUAGGCUUUGCACAGGGACCAGCUAUUUCUAGUGGUGGGAGGUUAAGGAUACAUGUAGAUCGCAGCCCUGGUAGAUCGGUGUUCUAUCUAGACCCAUUUUAGCGGUGGUUGCUAUUUCAUGCCAUUACAAGGUUUUUUCAGGCCAAGUAUGUGUUCUUAAAGCCAAAAAGUAAAGGAACAUUAGCAGAUCUUUGAAAAUAAACUUAUGUUUCUCAAAUAUAAGAAUGUUUAAUGUAAAUUAUGCAAAUAAAACAAGAUUUAAGAUGGAAAUGAACGCAAGUGCAAUUCCUUGUGGCAGAGUUGGUUUUGAAACAUUCAUUUGGAAUUAGUAAUGGACGGAAGCAGUGUUUUUCAUGUGCUGGUUAGACCCGACCGCUACUGUCCACUGUAGCUAUAACACUGAUGGAGAUGUUUGUUCAGUCCUUUAGAAAUAAAACAAUGAAGCGGUUAACAGUUUAUUUUUUAUAGCACUGGGCGUAUUUGUGACCAUUUUAGAUUUAAAAAAAAAAUCAUUCUGUAGUUGGUGUAUGAUACAUUCUUCUUGGUGAAUUACCAAUUGGUCUAAUUGUACCCGCUUUAAUCUUCUUUUUGUUAGGUUUUGUCUCUCAUGAUUUAAUCCUACUUCCAGUGUGUUGACUUAUCAUUUCAUCUUCAAUGUAAUUGCCAUGAAGCCCAUUAUGCAUUUUCUCAAAUUUCCACUUGUUCCUUAAUACCUUUGUCUAUUGUCCACUUGGUCAAUCACCACUUAGUCUAUAUAUUGUUAAAUGAACUAUUUUGUUUAUGAAACUAAUUUUCAUUCUAUAAUUAAAAGUGUAUACCUGUGCCGUCUUGGCUCUUUUGACCAUGUGGAUUUACAUUAUCCAUGUGCCACGGAAGCCAAUUUUGGAUGUAUGAGGUAUAGUUAGCCCAUGUAAGUUUUGAUAAUAUGGUGAGGUUUAUCAAAAUAUUGUGAUGUGAUUGCAGUACAUGUACAUCCACAGAAUGGUUGCUUUUAAAUCAUACAAGUGUUACGUUUGUGAAAGUAUUUGAUUUAUUUCUUGUGAUAGUCGGGUUUCAUGUCUUGCUCAUUUAAAUACAUUUUGUCUCCAUUUCAGUUCAUAAUCUUUGCUAGCAUGCAUGGCGGAGCUUCUGUAGAAUGGCAGAGUUUUUAUAUUCCCAAUUGUCACUUUGUAGUUUUCCUGAUAAUUGGGGUUUUCCCCCCAUUUCUCCUAUGCAGAUUAAAUCUAUAUUUCAUUGCUAUCUGUAUAAAUUCUGAAAAUACACUGUUAGUACAUGUAUGUAUUGAUUCCUUCUUUUUUUUUUAAAGUAGAAUUACACAUAUCUUCAAAUAUUCAUUUUGAAAAAUUGUAUUUCGAAUAUUUCCAAAGCAUUUCAGUCAGCAAUCUCAUUGCAAACGCUGGAUCAUGGAAGAGAACUCUACUGCCCAGUCUCAUGUUUAUGUACUAUUGUAGCUCUGGUUGAUUUAGAGUUCUCACCUGUUAAUAUCAUGUACAAUUUACAUCAAUAAAUUAAAUCGUACAUCAAUGAAAUAGGGUUAGAUGUACUUCGAGGAAACGGUGGGUUUUCGUCCUUUCAGAUUUCUCAAUAGGAAAUUGUACAUGUAACAGCUAUCAAAUAGCAACAUUUUUCCAUUUUGCACAGAUAUGCUUUACUGAGUAGUAUAUGGCAAUCCCUCUAAUUGUAAACACUGAUUCAAUAAUGAUUUUUGGAGUUGAUUCAAUAGUAACCCUUUCUGCAACUGGUCCCUUGCAAAAAUCGAAUGACUUGUUUUUCUUUACUAGGCUUAAGAAUAGUCUAAAAAUCAUUCACAAAAUGUUGUUUACAAUCUUAAUUCCUCGUUCUGUGUGGGUGUUGCAUAGUAACGAACGACAUUACAAACAACUGGUGUCCCUCAAGAACAAAAUCAAUGCCAACGUAAUGGUGUGUACAUUAGAUUACAUUACAUUAUAAGAAAGGCUAACUACUUGUUUGUAAAGUGGUUUGCAACUUACGAACAGCUUUAUGAACCCCACCCACCGGAUUGGUGUUUCUUAAAGUUAUGCGUGACUUUAUGAACGACUGGAACGUUAUCUCCAGUGCUAACUCAAUUGCGGAGGGAUAUGUCUCUUAGCAAAAAGAAAGGUUCACCAGUCGUGCGUAAAGCCAUUCAUAACUUACAAAUGGCUUGUGAAAUACUCACCUGGGGGCGGACUUUACGAAAAACUGGUGAUAAUUUCUUGUGGUAAAUGAUAUUUUACAAUUGAAAUUGGUGAUUAUUUAACGCGUAAGAAAGGAUCACCAGUCGUUUUUGAAGUCGCUCUGAACGUACAAACAGCUUUGUGAAACACCCACCAGGCCAGAAAUAUAAAUGUUCAUGAUGGAUGUCCACAUGUACUGUGUAAUUAUGUAUAGUUGUGAAAAUACAAACAUGUACUGUUUGGCAAACAACAAACAAAAUAAAGAAGGCACUAUAAUAGUGUCAACAUAUUUGUACAGA